AUGAGUCAGCAACGCAGCAGACAUGGUGUAUCGUCAAUUUUUUUCUGUGCUGUAUCCCUUCAAGUUUUUCAAACUGGUGGGUUGAUGAGCUCACAUUGGAAGUUGAAUGCCGAAAAUGGGAAAGUCGUGCAAGUUUCGGAGCCUGUGACUGAAAGCGACGAAGUAUUCUUCGAAAUUCUUGCGACGACAAAUUUCAAGGCCAGCUGUUGGAAACGCACGGCGCACGAUCCUGAUCAUAAAGAGGCGAUUUGUGUUUCGAGAGAAAUAUCAAGUGAAGUCAGGGAUUCAUCAGUGAUCGAAGAAAAACCGCAGCCGCCUAUACCUUUACAGAGAGAUGAGUUGGACUGCGGAAAGCCGGUCAAUUUCACAUAUUACGAUCAUCUAAUGGGAAUUUCGCGACGGAACAUGCAUCCCGAGAUAAUUGAACCACAUUUGACGUUGGUGUUCCACGAAGGCACUACGGGGGGAAGCGGGAACUUCAAAAUCAAGCGUGAUGUGCUUGAAGCAGACUUGGAAGCUAUGGAAAAAGCACUUAAGAAAGCGAAGAAAGAGAAACCGAGAACGGAGCAACUUUAUAAUCAACUGGGAAAUUAUUGGAGAAUCCGCGGAGACGCCAUUAAGACAAUCGAAUGCUUCCGAAAAGCUUUGACGAUAGCACCGAAUAGCGCGGAGGUGUUGAUUAAUUUGGCGCGCGUCUUGCUGAACUUGCAAUAUAAAGAAGAUGCUCUAUUUCUGGCGAAGCGUUCGUUAGAGGUUCACCCACCGCAUCUGAACCCAUGGUUGAUUCAUUUUACGCUGGGAGAAAUCUUCAAGGAGUUUGGAUAUCAUCAGGAGGCGGCGUUGCAUUUAAAACAUUGCUUGGAGCUAAAGCCGACAUGGACACCGGCGGUGGAAGUCUUGCGGGAGCUCGGCGACCCGUAUAUUCAGUUUGAAGCUGUGAAAGCUUCCUAUAUCCAUAUCUACACGCUGCUUAUUAUCGUUUUCCUUGUGCUGGGAGUGUUCCGGUCAACGGACAGAUUAGCGUUCGUGGAGAACAUCGGCUACUCGACGAAGUCAGGCUGGGUCGAGUUUGCGCAUAAAAAGGGCGUCAAAUUCGACAAAGAUGAAGGGGUUCGUUCAGAAAUCGUAGCCGAAACGAAGAAAAGAGCUGGGGAGAAGGAUGCAAUUGUUGAUAAUCCAAUUCAUCUAACGAUGUAUUCACCCCAUGUGGCCGAUUUAACUCUGGUGGAUUUACCUGGAUUGGUAUGCAAUACACUGCCAGGGCAACCUGCUAAUAUUCCUGAAACUGUGAGGAACAUGAUCCGCAGGUACAUAGAGGAAGAAAAUGCGAUCAUUUUAGCUGUUUCUGAUGCAAGUAUGGAUUUGCAAAUUUCGGAAAGCCUAAAACUUGCGAAUGAAGUAGAUCCUGAUGGAUCUCGGACAUUCGGAGUAAUCACCAAACUUGAUCUACGAAGGGACCCCGGUUCCGUUAGAGUUUUAACGCAAGUAUUAUCAAACCGACGCAUUCCCUUGAAAUUUGGGUAUGUUGGCGUUGUGAAUGGAGAAGUGGAUGCUCCUGAAGAAGGCCACGCAGCGAACUUCGCAGCUAUUCGAUUAAAGGAGAAGAAAUUCUUCAGGGAUUUCUAUCCAGAACUGGCUGUUCAGCAAGGAACACCUUAUUUGAGAAAGAAACUGUCGAAUGGGUUAGCGCGUCAUGUUGUGGAAACCGCGCCGAAAGUUAAAGCACAAUUGGAUAAAAAGAGACGGGAAUUGGUGGAGAAGCUGAAAUCGCUGGGUUUUGAAGUUGAUGGAAUGCGGGACACGGCUCCAUCAAAUAUAAGGAAGACAAUGUGGGAGAUCGUUGGAAAGUUUUCCAUGAAGUUAUCGGCUAUCGAAGGCUUCGUUAUUGAUGUUUCAACGAAGGACCUCUCCCAUGGGCCAGCUCUUCACCAAUGUUUGAGCACGAUCGUCGAACAGAUCAGGAAUGUUGAAGCGCCGACUUUGGCAGAAGUGAAAAUAACGAUGAGGAACGUAUUGGGGAUUCACAGUCCAUUGACAAAUCCUCAGCAAGCAUUCCACAUUAUUAUACGAGAAAUGCUAGAGAAUAAAUUUCGUCCCCCAGUCAUGAAUGGACUGGAAAAAAUGACGGACGAAAUGGAAAAAUGCAUCAUUGCAUGCUUGGAAAUUUUCGAGGUGUACCCCAAAUUACGAAGCACCAUCCAAGAUCUCAUGCUUGCUGAACUGCGAUCAAAUCAAGCUGACUGCAGUACUUAUGUAACAACCUUUAUGAAAGUGGAAGCCGUUUAUCCGAACUUCAAUCAUCCUGAAUUCGUGCGAAAGAAAUUCAAGCAACGCUUGUGUGAUCUGAAAAAGCAAGGUGAAGAAAUCAAGAACGAGGGAAAAGACGGAUCCAAACAUCAGGCGUCGAAAAUGUUACGCUGCAUCGAUGAACAAAUUGGACAACUUUCGGAAACCUUGGAGAAGGGUGACUUGAGAGUGAAUUGGGAUGAGCGUUUUGACGCUAAUGCCGACGUUGGACUGAAAGAAAUCGUCAUGUAUCUAGAGGUCGUGGAAAUGACCCUGGUUGACCAAAUCCCCAAGGCCUUUGUCAACUUUAUAGUGAGCAAGACAAUAGAGUAUGCCAAGAAUAAUCUUCCACAGGAAGAUGAACUUUACAUCGAGCCUGUGCAGGCUUGCAUUGAUGCCGAGGUACCGACCAGGAUGCGUUUGUGGAACGAAGCCAUUACCCUCGGUACGAUGCGCAUUCGACAGCUCAUUGCGAAGCCAAGAAUCGCCGAAAUCAUUAAGACUUACGAAGAUAUUGUUGGACGGACGGAAGUUCGGAUUGCUCAGCAAAAAGUUGUUGAAUCACAAUUGAAAUUCGAAACGACGCAGGAAGAACGUCGUCAGCGCCAACUUCAGCUGAAUAUCAUCAAUCAUGACUUGAGGAAGCUUCGAGACGAAAUUGACCAAGUCCACCGAACUGAUUCACGUUAUAUUGCUCUUGUUUCUAAGGAGCACGAGCUAAUCAAAGUAGAGAAGCUUCUUCAAUCUGAUUUUGAGCUUUAUGAAAAAGCUGAAAGGGAUUAUUUCGCCACAUUGUCGAUGGCUGUCCGAGACAGUCAAGAGAAGGAAAGAGCUCAAGCGGAGAAGACGAAGUAUUGGUCUAUUAUAGGAUCCAUUUGUGGCGCAGUAAUUGGUAUAGUUGGCACCUCUAUCAACAACUGGCUGCGAAUGCGGGAGUUGCGUCGUAUGAUUGAUGAUUAUCCAAAACAGUACCACGGCGUGAAUGUAAAAAGCGUUCCAAAAGUUGAUGAAUUGGUCUUGGACCAAGUCGUUGACGUAGAGAGUUGUUCUGAUCAGAGGUUGGAAAGAGUUGAACUUUUGGUGAAACUGACCUGUGCUGUGGCGAUUGGUGGCUUUCUAAUAUCGUUAUUCAAAAUGUGCGAAAUGGCAACCAACUUGCCAUAUGAGGUAUGCAAGUUUAUGAAAAGCAGUGGUUAUCUGAAACGCAUCAUCAAAGAAACUCAUGAUGCUAUUCAAGAUGUCAAAGGAUGCGGUUACUUCACCAUUGGCCAAUUGGAAUCGCUGGGUGCCCGCGAGGUAGAACUGGCGGAUAUUGGACGUCAGAUGUCGUGCUCGCUUUGCCUCGUUAUCAUGGGACAAACUCCAUAUGCCAAAGCAUCUGUAGUUAAUGAAUUAUUUGGCACCCCGAUUUUACCCCUGGUCCGGGACUUGGACAGUCAUCUUGCUUGGCGAACUGUUCGAUUCAUUAGUGGACGGGGUCCACGUGCGCAAGUUUCGCUUGCUCUGCCUAAUUCCUACGAACUUGUCGAACGUCUUCAGGCGUACGAACGUCCAUGGAGAACAGUUCCCGUGGCUGACUUACUGCUCAAGGACGACGAUUUUGAGGAUCCCGCAAAAGAAACAGCGAUAUUGGAAGUUCAGCUGCGCCAUCCCCUGCUCAUGAGUGGAGCAUCCGUUGUUGUUUCACCAUGCAAUCAUUUAGACAGCAUUGAGUCCGUUUUUAAGAAAGUGACGGACGGCGUUCUUCCAAUCCUGGUGUACACUAUUUCCGACGAACGCCUUUUUUCAAAAGAGCUCAAAGAACUGGAGGAGAUCAGAGUGAUGGUGGGAAAUUUCCCGGUUUUCUUCGUCAAAGUAUCCCCUCCGUCGGACUCCCACACGUGGGAACUUACAGAAUCCCAACAGCAUGAAGUAAUGCGAAGCAGAAGGCGAAACUCGAGUGGUGCCGAGCUGCUUCAUUCUCCUACGCGUGAAAGACGAUUUUGUGCUUCUACCGAGGGAGAGUGCAAGAAAUCAAAUAUUUCUCCACCUGUUUCCAAGGAUACCGGAAAUCUUCCUAGUGUGAUUCAUACGCAGUUGGCGAAGCUUGGCUUCCUCGAUCCGAAAUGCGGGGAGGAGGCCAUGUCGGCAAGAUGGUGCCUUGGACGGAAAGGGCUCUCCGCUAAAAAGGUUGGGAGAACGUGCGACACAGUUUUUGCUGCCGUUGGAAGUGAGCUCGUCGAAGGAAUUGAGGAGAUGGGAUCAAUCAUGAGUUUUGUGCGCCGUGUUUUACAAUCUUAUCUGGUUCAAGCAAGCACGGCGCUGAAUCAGAUUCAUGCAGCAUGUCUGAAAAUGUUCAUUUUAUCAGCCUUCGAUAUGGCUCGAGAACUUCAAAUCACUCCGGUCAGGUUGGCUUUUGCGCGUGAAAAGGAGCUUGAACUGUACAACUCUCUAAUGGAUAUUGCCAUUGGGAGGCAAGAAGAGAUAAAAAAUGCCAUUGUGACUACUGUUCAAGAACGUUACGAUGACCUUUUAGACAUGGCGGCCAACUAUCCUCUCGAAAACAUUCCAGCGGACGGAGCGCCGUUGACCGCCUCUGCCAUUCAAGCUUGUUGGGAGGAGUUGCAGGAUUUAGUUCUGGGAACUUUGAACUCGGAAGUUGCUUUGAAAAUUGUCGGGUCUGUCAAUUUCAUGCGGGAUUCAUUCGUGGGAACAUUGCAGCGCUGUCUGGAAAGCUUGGAGAAAAUAAUGCGUGAGCAAGGUGAAGAAUUUCGCACCACGCAAGCUCUGAAACAGAUAUUGAACGCCGCUUAUUCGUUGGAUGCGAAUGUUGUCGGAUAUGGCACUCAUGGUGUCUCAGUUUUCAAAAUCGUUUGGGAGAAGGUAAAACGCGCGCUUGCCAUGACACUUACGCCGUGGAGGUAUAAUCCUCUGAAAGACGUCGAUGAAGAGUGGAAAAAGCACGUCGCUGCCGAUGUCUUAUCCUCGGUUUCUGAAAAUAAGCUAGCGAAGUGUAUAUGCUCACAGUUCCGAGACAGGCUUCGAAAUUCACAUGAAUCAUUUCUUGCCGAUCUUGUGAAACUGGAAAAUUACUACUGCGAUCGUCUGGAAAGAACUGAGGAGCGCAGUCUGAAAGUUAGGCGUCAGUUCGCGCCGAAGGUCGCUCGCUUAUACUUGGAAUCUACCUCGCUCAAGGAUUACGUUUUGUACGGAAUGCCGUUACAAGGAAAAGAAAUUGGUCGUGGCCAGUAUGGUGUUGUUUUCGCGUGUGACUCAUGGGCUGGUUAUUCUCCGUGCGCCAUAAAAUCCGUGGUUCCACCUGACGACAAACACUGGAACGACCUUGCGUUGGAGUUUUACUACACCAGGCAUGCAAAAAUAAAGUUCCUCUAA